GCUGGCGUCUGUCGGCGGGAGCGGUGCACGGAGCCCGUGAGCGCAAGCUCGAGCUUAGGCCGGAGACUUCGGGCGCCCAGAGGUAACCAGUCAGAGAUGGCUCUUCCCACGUUGCCUUCUUAUUGGUGCCGAGGGAGGCCCGCAGAUCAGCAUGUUGCCCGCCAGCGCCAGCGGGAGCAGGAGGCCCAGCUUCGCCAGCAGUGGGAACAGAACAGCCGCUACUUCAGGACUUCGGACAUCCACAGCUCCAAACAGGCCCAGUGGAGCUCCAAGAGCACCUACCAGCGGAGCAUGCAGGCCUACCAGCAUGAGAAGAUGAAGGAGGAGAAGAGGAGGAGUCUGGAGGCCCGACGUGAGCGGCUCAGGCAGCUCAUGCUGGAGGAGCAGGACCUGCUGGCCAAGGAGCUGGAGGGUCUGAGGCUGAGCAUGAGCCUUCGGGAACAAAGAAUCCGGGAACAGCACAGGGAUCUGAAGGCAGCCCGAGAAGAACAGAGGAAACUGAUCGCUGAGCGACUUUUAUAUGAGCACUGGAGAAAGACCAACCCCAAACUUCGAGAGGUUGAGAUGGACCUUCAUAGGAAGGACGUGAUAAAUUCUUGGGCAACACAGAAAGAAGAAAAAAAGCAGCAAGAAGCCAUGGAGGAGCAGGAGAACAAGCAGUUUGAAAAUAAGUAUGAAGCAGCCUGCAGGGAGGCCGAGGAAAGGAUGAGAGCAGAGGAGGAGAGGAGGCAGCUGGAGGACAAGCAGCAGGCCGAAGCUCUGCGCCAGCAGAUGGAGGAGCUGAAGCAGAAGGAGAUGGAGGCAACCAAACUGAAGAAGGAACAGGAGAACCUGCUGAAGCAGCGCUGGGAGCUGGAGAGGCUGGAGGAAGAGCGGAGGCAGAUGGCAGCCCUCCGGCGCAAGGCAGAGCUCGGGCGCUUCCUGAGACAUCAGUACAAUGCACAGCUCAACAGGCGGACCCAGCAGAUCCAGGAGGAGCUGGAGGCCGACGGGCGGAUCCUGCAGGCGCUCCUGGAGAAGGAAGACCAGCUGCAGCGCGCCCAGCUCGCCAGGCGGGAGCAAGCCCUGGCCGACGCAGCCUGGAUGAAGCAGGUCAUCGAGGAGCAGCUGCGGCUGGAGAAAGCGAGGGAGGCAGAGCUGCAGCUGCUGCUGAGGGAGGAGGCCAAGGAGAUGUGGGAAAAGAGAGAAGCAGAGUGGGCUCGAGAGCAAAGUGCGCGGGACAGACUAAUGAGUGAGGUUCUGAUAGGGAGGCAGCAGCAGAUACAAGAGAAGAUUGAACAGAACCGGCGGGCGCAAGAGGAGACCCUAAAACACAGGGAAAAGCUCAUCCAGAGUCUGGAGGAGGCGAGGCAGUUAGCUCAGCGCGCAAAGGAGGAGCGUGAAGAGCUGAAGUCAGCCAGGAGGCAGGAGCUAGAAGCCCAGGUUUCAGAGCGCCAGCUCCAGGCCUGGGAAGCAGCCCGGCAGGAGGAGGAGGAAGAGGAGGCGGCCAAGCAGGCAGAACAGCUCUCUGAUGCUCUGCUGCAGCAAGAGGCGAAGACCAUGGCUGAGGAGGGCUACCGGCCCAAGCCCUGUGGAUACCCCAAAAUUGCUUGGGACUGACAUUGAGCACAGAGAAGCAUGCUGACUUGAUACAACUCCAGACAACUGUACAUUGCUUGGUUCUAGCCCAGACUCAGGGUGCUGCUGGGUAGUUCUGCCACCAUGCCUGUUCAGGCUCAUCGUGGUCCAGCUAGAUGUCAGGAUGUCACGGGUGUCCAGGUUCUGGUGAGAGCCGUUCCCUGCUUUCCUCACCCACAGGUCUUACAGACUUGUGUUUACAGCGUUGCCCAGAGGCUGCACAAUGCCUCAUACGUAGCUUUUAGAGCCACACAAGAACAAGUCAUGUUCUAUGACAGGACACGUAGGUUCCUGUCGUCUGUCUAGUUGUCAGCUCUAGGGAGGACCAGACAGAGAGGAGGGAGCCUUUCAGGCUCUAAAGUUGCUGUUUAGAAGUUAUUCUGUGGGGCUGCAGAGAUGGCUCAGAGGUUAAAAGCAUUGCCUGCUCUUCCAGAGGUCCUGAGUUCAGUUCCCAGCAAUCAUAUGAUGGCUCACAACCAUCUAUAGUGAGAUCUGGUGCCCUCCUCUGGUGCACUGGGACACAUGUAGGCAGAACAUUGUUUACAUAAUAAAUAAAUAAAUCUUUUAAAAAAAGUUAUUCUGUUAGAGGCGACUUGUGGGUCUCCGUGUAGUUAUUUCCGGUUAUUAGCUGCAUGGCCCCAAGGACCACGUGGAACGUUCUGGAAGAGCCCGGCUUCCGGAAAAGAUGGUGACAGAGGAGCUCCUUGUCUGGAAGUAUGAGACCCCCACAGGAGCUGGGCUGGGGCUCAGUGUGGGUGCUUACUGUGUGGUCCUCAUCCCAGCCCAACAGCACCAGGAAGAAAAGAGUCCAUACCACACGUGAGCACAUGCCACCCUGAAGAGAGUCACUUGGCUGGCUAGCCUGGUAAAGGCAGGGGCCCGGGAUGGGACUAGGGGCCGCCUGAAUCUGGGGAAGGCCUUUGUGCAGCCCUGCCGGAAUUAAGUGCCUAGGGGAACAUGUGGCCUUGGAGAAACGGGCUGAGCCUCAGAACCACAGAUGAGUCCCUGUCUCCCCGUCAGCUCAUGUGACCCAGCCCCCAGUUCACCUCUCCAAGCAGCUAUGGGUCCUGGUAGCAACAGUUUCUUUUUAUGACUUGUAUUUUUCCACAUUCCUCCUCUGGGGUUUGUUUUCAUCAUUGUAUUCAAGAUUCCAUACCUCAGUAAACUCUAGCUAAUUAUAGGGCAUUUUCUCUGGUUAUGGGAACCAGAGCUACACAGAAAGCCUGGGUCUGAGGAUGCAUCACUUCCCUUCCACCAAGGAGGCCCUCCUCAGUCUGUUCAUUUCACACCGUGGUUCUGAUGUGGCCCCUGAGUUGUUUUCAUUAUGCGCUUGCGAUCACCCGCCCUUUUCAAACGCUCAUUGACUGUGAAAUAAAGCUCUAUUUC